AUGACAAUCAACCAAUUCAUGACCGAAUUCACCGGAGAUAGAAGAUUUGGAAACAUCCUCAGCCUAGUUCGCACACUGGAUCACGUCCGUUUCGAUAAUUGGGAAACUGAGCCGCCAGUUCAGCCCUUCAUCGGCUGCAAAGAUGCCACCGAUACUGAACUCCACCUCAGACGCACAGGAAAUAGAGGCGGCCUUACACAAUAUUUGAUUGUUAAGCUCGAUGAGCGGUUCUCCCAUGAAUCGACCAUGAUCAUGCAGUACUGCAUGGAAGGAGAAAUCUGGGCACAAAUGCUCGAAAACGCUGAGCAGGAAUUCCAUAUUCUGGGCCAGACUGAUGUUACAGAUGAUGAGUCUAAGGACUCGUCUCAGUUGUUUAAUAGUGUUGAUAAGGGAAAUCUUGAUAUGAUGACUUUGUAUACGCGGCCAGAGUAUCUGGAUUUGGAUGGGGUUUUUCAUGUGGAUAUUCUGAGAAAAAUUAUUAAAAGGGUAAUGGCGAACCUCGUUAUCCACGGUGUAAGUUAG